AUGGCCAGCGCCGAGGCCAGCGCUGUAAACAAUCAAGCCACAGAGGAAGGAUGUGUCGCUUCCGCGAGUCGUGGCGGAGUUCCUGAUACGGACAGCUGUGUAAACAAACAAGUUGCAGAGGAAGGCGGGUUAGAUGGUCUGCUCGAGGAACUUCACACGAGCUUCUCGGAGGAAGAAUGGAUCGGACAAGCAGGCCGGCAAGCCCGCGACCCCGCGUCUGACCAAGAACGAUUUAGGAUGGAAGAUGACUUCAACGAAAGUCCGCAAGACGGGGACUUGGCGUCGGAUGAAUGCGAAUCCUUGGACUUCAGUGACGUUAGUUGGGACUCAUUCAUGAUCGAUUCUGCAGAAAUCGAAGAAGCUCAGCGAGUAGGGUCCAGCGAGGCCAGUCCACGAAGACCGUUCGCAACGCUGCCUGUUGUGACAAAUCGCAGCUCUGAUUUCAUCCCGAAUCGCUCCAAAGCCCACACUUCCCCGCCCAGCUCUGGAAAGGCGCAUGUCAAAGGUAUAACAAAAAACAAGCGUGUCAAGUAUACCCCGGAAAUACUUGCGUGUGCCAUUGAGCAAGUUCGUAAAGGUUCAAUGACCCAGUAUAAAGCAUCGAAAGAGUUCUCGAUCCCAAAGAACACUUUACGUUACCGUUUGGGUGAAAACUACAAGAAUAAAGGACGAAGGGGCCCUGAAACCGUCCUGACCUGUGACGAGGAAUCCCAAAUUGUUUGCUGGAUUAAGGAGAUGCAGAGGAAGGCGUUCCCUGUUACGACCGAAGCGUUACGUCGGAAAAUAUCCGUUUUUUUGAAGGAAAAUCCACGUCGUAACCCUUUUCGAGAUAACACACCAGGUCGACGCUGGCUCGAAGGAUUCCUUCAGCGUCACAAGGACGUGAGCAUACGUACACCAGAAGCAAUAAGUAAAGCUAGUGCUAAUGUGUCGGAAUCAGACUUGCGAAAAUGGCACGCGCAGGUGGGAGAGUACGCUCGCGAUUACGGCCUCGAAGAUAUUCUCGAAGAUCCUUCUCGUAUGUUGAGCGGAGAUGAAACCGGCAUGCCAAUGAACAUUACGGCUCAAAAGGUUCUUGCCGAGAAGGGGAGUAAGAACGUGUCCAUAGUUGAACCGAGUAACGCGAAGCAAACAACAACUGUUUUGUUCACGUUUUCGGCCGAUGGACAUUCGUACCCGCCGCUCGUCGUUCUUCCACAGCAACGGAUUGGAAAGGAGAUAGCUCAGCAUUAUCCUGGCGAUUGGGGACUCGGCGGAACGGAAACGGGGUGGAUGGAUACUGCUAACUUCGUUGGCCACAUCAAGAAAGUCCUACACCCGGCUUUGGUGAAGCGGAAUGUGCAAUUUCCAGUCAUUUACUUCGUGGACGGCCACAAGAGUCAUAUGUCGCUAGAGGUCGCUGAAGCGUGUCUGAAGCUGCAGAUCGUCCUGAUCUCACUGUACCCGAACUCUACUCGUAUCAUCCAACCUGCGGACGUUGGUGUUUUCGGACCGUUGAAGCAUUACUGGAAGAAGGAGGUUAAAAAGUUCAAGGAUGAAAACGGGGAAAGUGCCAAAAUUACACCUGUAACGUUCCCGGAAAUCCUGCAAAGGGCGAUGAAGCACGCUUUCAAAAUUAAAACCGUCAGCGAGUCCUUCAAGCCGUGCGGACUUUUCCCGUUCAACGCAGAUGCUGUGGAUUACAGUAAAUGCUUUGGCAAAUCUCGUAAAGAACCUGCUCAUUCUGAUGACCUUGCUUCCUCUUCGGAUGUUACAGAAUUGAACGUAUUAGAGCAGCAUGAAGCACACUCCAACCGCGCAUCGCAAAAUCUUGGUGACCAUUCGGGCUACUCAUCAACAGAUGUCGCUGCGGGGCCGUCAAGUUCUUCCCGCCCGUCAGGUUCUUCUCGACCGUCAAGUUCUUCCCGCCCGUCAAGUUCUUCCCGACCGUCAAGUUCUUUCUAUGGCGAAUUUGGAUCACAUUAUACAUCUUGGAAUGAUUCGUUUGUUGAAACAGCGCUUACGCCGGAACCAGUAAGCCGAACCGUUGUUCCGGCUCAGUCAGAUUUGCCGGCUGCAGGAACCACAUCGCUCGAGUGUGACAUUUCGAAGUACCUCACAACGCCAAAAACCCCCGAACGAGCCCGCAAGCACAUCAACUACAAAAUAAAAGCAAAUCCAGUUUUGACUGCUGCAGAACGUCUGGAAGAUAUCCGAAGGAUCGAAGAGGAGAAAAAAAAUCUCCUUCAGAGGAGGAUUGAAAUCGCUGAAAAAAAAGUGCAACAGAAGGCAGAGAAUGAAGUUGAAAAGAAGAAAAAGGCCGAAGAACGUAAGAGAAAAGCGGAAGAAAACAAAGCAGCAAAGGAGGAGAAGCAGAGAAGGAUUGAAGAGCGGAAGAAACAAAGAGAAGAGAAAAGGGAAGAGGUAGAAAAGGAAAAGAAGAAGAGGCUUGAAGAGCGCGAGAAAAAGCAGCAGAACGGAAGCAGAAACAGGAAGCAAUUGAAGCGAAAAAGAGAGAGAAGAAAGCUAAAAAGAAAGAAUUGCAACCUCGAAACCUCCACCGCACAGAAUAGAGCUAAUAGAAUCAGCCACGAGGAAGGUGAAACGAGCUACAAAGCGAUUGAAACGAGUAGAGAUGCACCACCGCAGCUAACGGAGAUGGUGCUGGUUAGUAACCACAAGAAGGUGCAGCAGGCCCAAAUUCACGUUGGAGAACACGUCGUGCACUCGAAGAGAGCGCUCAAGUACCUCGGGGUGAUGGUGGAUGACCGGCUGAACUUCAACAGCCACGUCGAUUACGCCUGCGAGAAGGCGGCUAAGGCGAUCAUGGCACUGUCGAGGAUGAUGCCGAACAACGCUGGACCCAGGAGCAGUAGGCGCCGCCUCUUGGCAAGUGUCGCGACGUCCAUACUUAGGUACGGCGGACCGGUAUGGUGGACGGCGCUGGGGACGAAGCGAAAUCGAGCGCUGCUCGACAGAACGCAGAGACUGAUGGCCAUGCGGGUUGCAAGCGCGUACAGGACCAUUUCGUCGGAAGCAGUUGGCGUCAUAGCCGGAAUGAUCCCCAUCGGCAUCACACUGGAGGAGGACACCGUGCGCUACACCCGGAGAGGCACGAGAGGUAUCCGGGAAGCUGCGAGAGCCGAAUCGCUGGCAAGGUGGCAACGUGAGUGGGACACCACGGAGAAAGGCAGAUGGACGCAUCGGCUUAUCCCGUCCGUAUCCACGUGGGUGAGCAGAAGGCAUGGAGAGGUCACCUUCCACCUCACACAGUUCCUGUCGGGCCAUGGCUGCUUCAGGAAGUACCUGCACAGGUUUGGACAUGCAGAGUCUCCUCUCUGUCCGGACUGCGUCGAUUGCGAGGAAACACCGGAGCACGUGCACUGA